GGCUCCGUGCGGAUCCGCACGCUCCGCGGCCGCCGCCCGCUCGCUCGCCGCACGUAGGCGCCGCUUAAAGGGGCAACGCGGCGGGCCCGGCGCCUCCCGUGCCGGGCGGGCUGCGGCCGGCGGCGACGCCACCGGGGCGGGGCUGGCGGGGCGGGGGCGGGUGCGGGACUUGGCCGGCGCUCCCGCCUCGCCGCGGGCCCCCGAGGACGCGGCCGGUGCCCUUUUAAGAGACGGGCCGCCGGUGCCGGCGGUUUUAUUUACAUGGGGGCUCGCGGGGCGUCACGUGACCGGCAGGGCGGCGGGGGCUGAGCGCGGCGGCACCCGCGGGGCCAUGGCGUGCGCCGGAGACGACGGCUCCUGGGUGGAGCUGCGGUGUGGCCCAGGGUGCCCCGAGCCUGGGCCCUCGCGGUUCUCCUCCUGCCACGCCGACAUAGAGCAGAUGCUGCUGGAGGCCCAGCUGGAGACGGAGAGUGGUGACUGUGCCAUGCUCAUGCUGGGCUCCCCAGCCUGGGAUGACAACGGAGCCAGCCAGGCGAGUGAGCAGCCUGGGAAGAGUGAGCUGCUCCCUUCCUGCAGCCAGCCCCAGCCGGGCUGCCCCCACCCCCGACAGCGGGAUGUGCCAGAGGAAGCCGAGCGGAGGGAGCGACGCCUGCCUGCAUCCCUUGGCUGGACCUGUGCCCACCACCCUCAGCAUCUGUCUCCAAAGGAGUUUGCCUUUGUGUGCUCCCCCCAGCCAGUGCUGUGGAGCCUGCAGGGAGGUGCAGUGGGGAGAAAGAAGAGACUUUUCAGUUCAGAGCUGCUGCUGCUCUUCAUCCCCUCGCUGCUGCUCAGCCACGUGCUGACCUUGGGACUGGGGAUCUACAUUGGGAAGCGGCUGGCAGCCUCCUCAGCAAACCCGCUGUGAAGAAUGGGGCUCAGCGAGAGAUGGGUGGCUCCACUGCCCCUUGCCUCCGCUCAGUGCGUGGAGGGAGCCCAGGCACCAGUGCAGCCCAGCUGCUCCCAGACUUCGUGUUUGCGGCACGAGGCGCCGUCUCCCCUUGUCCCUUCUUUAGGCCCAGCCUAGGGAGCUGACGCUACUCUCCCUCGUAGACAGGAACCCACCGAUGGCAGCUCCCAGCUGCAGGCAGCCCCUGCCCUCCCCAUCCCUUGGUUACGGGUCCAGGUUCCUCCUCUUUAACACAAGACUGUAAAUACAACUCCUGAGCCUGCAACACUACGUGCGAAUAAAGAGCCCUGUGCCAGCUUGGGAGGCAGA